AUGGCUGCGGCGACCUCUUCCACCGCCCAAAAUGAUACUGACAAUGCACCGUUCCCACCAUGGCUUGCAAAUCACCUCAACAUUGAGUGGAACUCCGACGAUGUUGACGCGCUGCUUAGCUCUAUAGAAGCGAGUCAGUGCCCGAAGUCACCGACAUUACCUCACUUACCUGCCGAACUACUUAUACUCAUCCUCGAGUACAUUCCAGUUGCCCAUGUCCUCGAUUGGCGACUGGUCUGUCGCGGCUUCCGCGAUGCAAUCGACGGACCAAUCCUGUACCAUCACCUUCAGAGAACACGUUUGGUGGGUUAUCUUGGGCCGCGGGCGUCUCCCAAUAUAAGAGAUCUGAGCGAUAAUGAGUACGAACAACUACAUCUGGUACCUGCGCGGUUUCAGUCUAUAGCAAAAGCGCGAGCGAUUUCGCAACUACAACAGCAACCCAGUCCCAUCUGGUGUAACACUCACGCCGUCUUCAAAAUACGCUACGCCUGGUGGGCGGCACAUAAAUGUCACCAAAGUCGUCCAGACUUCCCAUCGAGAUCUAGCAUGCUGUCUCAAGUAACGCUCUGCCGGACUGACCAAGGUUAUGGCACAUUGAUAUGGGCGAUCAGGCUCGACACAGCGGUCCUUGACCUGGACUUCCCUUUGGAGCCGAACAGGCACAAUUUUGACGUGGAUGUCGACACGAAGACAUGGACUGUGCGAGUGGAGUGGAAGCCGAUGCUUUUCCGGUUUCUAAGAACCGAGCGCGCACUCAGGCUCCUCAUGGACAAGAAGCACAACUCAACAUUCACCUUCAGCCACGCCGAGGAUUGUCUACGUGCUAUGCGGCGACAGCGCUUACAUGCAGCCCUGGACCCAGACAGUAAGAUCGAUCGACAUAUCAAGUGGUCCUUACGCCUGCUUCGACCUCUGUGGGGCAUCGGUGGACAUGGAGACCCUUCGACGCUGGACCCCGUCGAGGCCGACGCUGUAAGAGUUUUGCUGCUUCUGCGCCGCGAGGCUGCCUUGAGCGAUCGUCAGAUAAAGCAUUUAUGGCACCUGGCUAGCGACUACAAAGCCAUGGUCAGAACCAUGGACAAGCUUUCUCGAUCAAUCAAAGACCUGAAGCAACAACUGAUCAUGCCUGGACAUGCUUCGAUCCUUGAGCUGGAAGUACGCUCGCACGACAAGAUCCCGGCUAACCCUAUUGCCUGGUCAGAUGAGCUGAGAGCCAACAUCGAGACGCGAGUGCAGAGAUGGAGGGCACAGCAAAACUUGAUUGAGCUGAUGCAAACGUUAAUGAUCACAUCGCAGGAAGCACUCGCUGUACCUGAAGAUGCAUUCGAUAUGAUGGACUCGGACUUUUGA